UGAAUUCCAAUGGCUGAGUGAGACAUACAUAGACAGCCGCCCAAACUUUGCGGCAUGAAAUCUAGCCCAACCUUGCUACGUGUACAGGCUCAUCGACGUCUGUUCGAGUACUAAUUGCGCCAAUGUCAGGUCGUUUUGUUCGAGCCUCGAAAUACAGGCACGUAUUCGGUAGGCCUACAAAGCGCGAAGCUUGCUAUGAUAAUCUGCGAAUAAGCAAGAACGCAUGGGAUACCAACCUUGUGAAAGCGAACCCCAAAUACUUGGCAGUUAAUUGGGAUGCGAGCGGAGGCGGUGCGUUCGCGGUGAUACCGCUGGAUGAGAAGGGCAAGCUGCCUGAACAGAUCCCAUUGUUCAGAGGCCACACGGCGACAGUGUUAGACACAGAUUGGAGUCCAUUCGACGACGACAUUGUCGCCUCUGCAUCGGAUGAUGGAAAGGUGUUCCUAUGGAAAGUGCCGGAAGACUUCUCGCUGCACACAGAUGCAGAGGAGCCGGCAGACGUUAAGCCUGUAGGCAAGCUCAGUGGCCAUUCAAGAAAGGUCGGCCACGUGUUAUUCAAUCCAUCGGCGCAAAACAUCCUUGCUUCUAGCUCCGGUGAUUACACGGUGAAGAUUUGGGAUCUGGAGGAUGGGAAGAGUAAGUUAACAUUGAAGCAUGGUGACAUUGUGCAAAGCUUGUCCUGGAGUGCGAACGGGAGCACCCUCGUAACCACCUCACGGGACAAGAAGCUCAGAUUCUGGGAUGUACGGCAGGAGAAGCCGGCGCAUGUCGUUCAAGGGCAUGAAGGUGCGAAGAGCAGUCGAUGCGUCUGGUUAGGCGACCAUGAUCGCGUGGCGACAACCGGGUUCUCGAAAAUGAGCGAACGUCAACUGGGGCUUUGGGACCUUCGCGAUCCGAGCAAACCAGUGGGCGGACAGCCACAAUUCAUAGACUCCAGCUCAGGCGUUGCGAUGCCAUUUUGGGACGAUGGAACCCAGAUCCUUUUUGUGGCUGGUAAAGGUGACGGCAAUAUCCGCUACUACGAGUACGAAAAUGACAAGUUCGAGGAUCUGUCUGAAUAUAAGUCAUCGGACCCGCAGCGCGGGCUGGCCUUCAUUCCCAAACGUGGCGUCAAUAUGCACGAGAAUGAGAUCAUGAGAGCCUUCAAGACGGUGGACGAUCGUUUCAUCGAGCCGAUAUCGUUCAUCGUGCCGCGGCGAUCGGAGACCUUCCAGGACGACAUUUACCCGCCUACUGUUAGCCUUAAGCCCGCAAUGACCAGCUCCGAGUGGCUAGAUGGAAAGUCUGCAUUACCGCCGAAGUUCUCUAUGGAGGACAUGUACGAUGGUAAGGAGAAUCUCCAGGAGUUUGCGGCCGAAGACGCGCCAAAACCAGCGCCGGCGCGAACAGCAGCCGCACCGACUCCAGCGCCUGCAUCUGCACCCGCGAAAGCGACCAUUUCACGGGACGAGAAGCCUGAAGCAACACCAGCACCGUCCAUUGCGCCACGGGAAACGCCUUCCAUGCAGGACAACAAGAAGUCAAUGUCCGACAUGGCAUCUAAGUUUGCCGAUCGAGAAGAUGACGAAGAGGGUGAGGACGGAGGGGCCGACUCCUUUGAGGUCGUCCAGAAGCCGGUUGAACGGCCCGGCGCUGCCCUCGCUGCAAGGCAAGAGGCGAAAGUUGGCGUCAGUGACGAGAAGACUAAAGAAGCCUCACGAACCAGUGUUAAACCCGAACCGGAACCUGUGAAUGGAGCUUCCGCUCAUGCUGCAUCAAAUAGCGCGUCAGUCUCCGGCGAGACUGUGACGAGCCCGCCUAGUGCUACUACGCAACCUCCAAGUGAGCUGAAGCAAUCGCAGGAUAAGCCUACUGGGGACAGCGCGCCGCCUGCAGCGCCUUCAUCCAUGUCAGCGGCAGCUGGUGGCUUAAGGGAUGUGUUGCAGGAGAUCAGAGGGAUGCUUCAGGCACAGGGCAGGCAGAUCGAACAACUGACAAGCGAAGUUGCGCAGCUCAAGGCCAAGGUUGGAGAUUAGGCGCACUGUGAUGAUGAGGGAAAUGUUUGGGACGACUAUACGAACUCUAUCCGCUGCAGCAAUCCUUAGUGAGCGCCCUGCGCUAAAUACUCACAUCCCCAACGCCUGCGCUAGAAAAGAUAUCGUGUGAGUGUCUCGGUCUCAUUAUCGUCUGAUGGUGUCUUCUUCGGGUAGAUCUAUCGUCUAAGCAAUCCGUGUGCAAUCAACAAUAUGAUAUAGCAUCAGAAGCUGAUCUGGUCCUC